UGCAACCAUGCAGUUCUGUGCCAACAAAUUGGACAAGAAGGAUUUUUUUGGGAAAUCCGAUCCCUUCAUGGUCUUCUACAGAAGUAAUGAAGAUGGCACGUUUACAAUCUGCCAUAAGACUGAGGUGGUGAAGAACACCCUCAACCCUGUUUGGCAGCCGUUCACCAUUCCAGUCAGAGCUCUCUGUAAUGGAGACUAUGACAGAACAAUCAAAGUGGAAGUGUAUGACUGGGAUCGGGAUGGCAGCCAUGAUUUCAUUGGUGAAUUCACCACCAGCUACAGAGAGUUAGCCCGAGGUCAGAGCCAGUUCAACAUUUAUGAGGUGAUCAAUCCAAAGAAGAAGAUGAAGAAGAAGAAAUAUGUAAAUUCCGGCACGGUGACACUGCUGUCAUUCUCAGUGGAAUCAGAGUCAACUUUCCUCGAUUACAUCAAAGGAGGGACCCAGAUCAAUUUCACUGUGGCCAUUGAUUUCACCGCCUCUAACGGAAACCCAUCCCAGUCCACUUCUCUCCAUUACAUGAACCCGUACCAGAUGAACGCUUACGCUCUGGCACUGAAGGCUGUGGGGGAAAUCAUCCAGGACUAUGACAGUGACAAGAUGUUCCCUGCACUGGGAUUUGGAGCCAAGCUGCCCCCCGAUGGACGGGUGUCUCAUGAGUUCCCCCUAAACGGCAAUAUAGAAAAUCCCUACUGUAAUGGUAUUGAGGGGAUAUUAGAGGCAUACCAUCAGAGUCUAAAGACCGUCCAACUAUACGGACCUACUAACUUUGCCCCCGUCGUAAAUCACGUGGCCAGAUAUGCAGCUGCUGUCCAGGACGGCUCACAGUAUUUCGUGCUCCUCAUCAUCACAGAUGGAGUAAUAUCAGAUAUGUCACAGACCAAAGAGGCCAUUGUGAAUGCUGCCAAGCUUCCCAUGUCCAUCAUUAUUGUUGGAGUUGGACAAGCUGAAUUUGAUGCUAUGGUUGAGUUGGAUGGUGAUGACAUCAGGAUUUCCUCAAGAGGAAAAUUAGCGGAGCGAGACAUUGUCCAGUUUGUACCAUUUCGGGAUUACAUGGACCGUACGGGAAACCACGUGUUGAGUAUGGCGCGACUGGCCAAAGACGUUCUGGCUGAGAUUCCCGACCAGUUCAUUUCUUACAUGAAGAGCCGGGGAAUCAAACCCAAUCCGGCGCCGCCUCCGUACACACCGCCAGGACACACACAUCACACACAGAUCUGAGCGAACGCUCCCAAACCUGCUUUAACAAAACCGCUCCUCUUUCUGGAGUCAUGGGAUAGCUGUACCAGAGCUUUUAGGGUUUAGCUCCCAAGACACUCUGAGGUACAGUGGCAUUUCUGUCUGUACCAUUUAUAUUUCCUGCCCCGUUCAUUUUUUUUUUUUUUUUUUCGGAAGGAUGGUGUGAUCCACGAAUCUGACCCAAGGGCAGCUUUUUUGUUUGUUUUGUUUAAAAAUAUCUACAUCUUGGCCUGUGACUGUUUCUGUUUCUUGUGGAUCAGUUGACAAGUGGACAAAGAGCAGGAGGAGGAGAAGGAGGAGGAUGUUUGUGGUUUCAACUUGUGCCUGUCUGUGACUGUCUUAGUGUACCAGGACAAGUGUGCCCCAAUCUGACAUUUGACCUUAAUCCACAUUGGUAUACCAGAGUGUGUGCUUUAUAGUAAUAUUUUUAGAUUUGUAUCACUUUCAUUUCAUAUAAGAUCAGGCCUGUAUCCAUAUCGGUUUAUUACGUUAAGCAUUGCUUUUGAUAUUUGAUUCUCCGUCUUUAUCCAUUAUGACUGAGGAAAGCAUGCAUGCGUGAGAAGAGGCUAAAUGAAUAUCACACAUGGCACAAUUUCACACAUGGCACCUGCCUAAAGUGACUGUAGAAGCACAACUUCUUCAAUAAUCAGCAUUACACACGCUCAUGUGCUUUUGUAAGAAUGCAUAGGGGCCAUUUUGGCCGACCCUGCGUAAGCGCAGCACAGCCAAUAUGGUUCCUCUCUCCCUUUCAGGCAGAAAUGAGGCCUGGAGUGUGCUCAGAAUGGUGUCACCCACUCAACCGUAGUUCAUUCACCAAUUCAAUUUUGUCAAGAGGCUUUUAAUCAAAGAAGAGUGCCUGAUGUAUCUGUACUCUGCCAGUAUACGGCUGAAUGGAGAAGCUUGUGUCAUUGAGCACAUUACAGUCCUGUCUGGGUAUAAUCACCAUGAGCAUUUAGUCCAGUGACUGUGUAUGGGAUGUUCAUUAUCACCAGAUGUAUUUCUGCCAACCCAUAAGGCUUUGACAGAGUAUCAAAGCAUCAGAGGCUUUGCCGUUACCCAGAUGCCGUUAAUGUAUUUCAUUUUCUCUAUUUUAAAAUUCUAAAUAAUGUUUUUAUUUUUAUUUUGUAUUAUUGUUUUUUUUAUUCAAAUCAGUUCAUUAAUUGAUUUGUAUUUAUUCCACACAUUUCAUUAUGCUUUCAUGAUUUGUCAGUUAUUAUUUUUUAAAUUAACAAUGAUCAUUUUACACACCAUAUACUACAUGAAUACACUACACUGUCCUUUCUGAUGUCAUUAAUGCAUUUUAUUCUGUAUAUUUGUGUGUUUAUCCACGUUGUUGUUUUUUUCAGGUUUAAAUCGGUUGACUUUCUUCAGAUUAAUACAUUAAAAAAAAAAUUUCAAAUACAUUUUAGGAUUUUACACAUCAUAUACCACAUUAAUAAUCAAAUAAAAAAAAUCCUUUCCAUUUUCCCCAAGAUGUCAUUAAUACAUUUUAUUCUGUCUGUUUGUGUGUUUUUCCAGCUAAAUUCUUAGUUCUAAAUAAUGUUUAGUUCAGAUUUAAAUCAGUUGGUUUUCUUAAGUUGAACUGAUUUUUAUUUAAUGCACACACUAUUAUUUUGUAUUUUGCUCUUUAAGUAAAUUAUAAAAUUAAUAAAUUAUUAAAAUAAAAUAAAUAAACAAACAAAUAAAUAAAUAAAUAAAUAAGCAGGUAAACAUUUAUCCCAAAUGAUUACAUUAAAAUGCUAGUGAGAUUCCUGAAAUCAGUUUAACUAUGCAUAUCAUCAUUUUUUCAUCAUCAUCUUCCAUUUUAAGAUAUGUUAAUGCAACACUGACACUUUGUAUUACAAAACAGUUUUACAUUUAACACAAAGUCUAACUGCCUAAUUUUGGUUUGGAAAAACAACAAAACAUUAUAACUGAAAUUACCCACAGUCAAAAAUGUCAGUUUACACUGCUGCAGUUUCGCCAAAGAAGGCCCAGAGAUCAUCUUGGUAACUACUGAUGUGGGAUGAAUAGGUUGUUGCGACACUAAUUGUAUUCCUCCAUUUUAAUGCAUUCAAAUUAAUUAUCUUUUCUCAGUAGCAACCCCACACUAUUAAAUCUGUUCAUCAGUUAUUUGUCAUUUUUGAAGUCAGUGACAUCAAUUCCUUUUUUUAUUUUUCGGGUAGAAACGUCAUUGUUCAUGUAAUAUCUGAUCGAAAGCUUGGAUCUACUGAAUUAGCACAGAGGAGGGCAAAUAUCCUGUGAGUUUAUCUAGAAGUGCACACAAAGGAGGUUCAAGCUUUUUGCAUAUUCGAUAGUGAGAAUUUGAUAGCGAUGCAAACAUCUUCAAUGCUGUCCAUGGCGCACACAGUGGCAAAAAAAUAAUAAAAAAACACAAAACACAAAACACAAAACAGGGUCUUGCGGCGAAUUUCUUUUAACUUCACAAGAUUUUUAAAUGUUAAUUUAACCAGUGCAUGUUUACAUAGAUAAAGACAACUACAGAGUGUUUUUAAAGCAAAAA